CACCUCUAAAAAAAUUAAAAAAGAAAAACCAAAAUUCGGACUCCACCAUGGAUUAGCAAUUCGAUCAGAAAUUCGCCCUAAAAGAAAAAAGAAAGAAAGAAAAAAUAAAAGAAAAAGAACAGAGCAUGGCUGAAACUGCAUCUUCAUCAGCCUCACCGAAUCCCAUGAUGAUGGACCCAUCAUCAUCAACAGCGACACCGCCAUCAUCAUCGGCGACGACAAAUAUUAACCCAACACCAACACCACCACCUCCGUCGGCAACGGCAACAACUACGUUAACACAAACUCCCUCAAUUCUUCCUCAAAGUAACAACCCUUCUCCUCAAAUCCCUCCUCCUUCGCCUGCCAUUGAACCCUCACUGCAAAAUCCGCAGCAAAAUUUACAGCGACAACAGCACCAGCACCAGCAGCAACAGCAAAUCUCGCAAAUUUCGUCUCCACCUCUCCCUUCUCUUUCCCAACAACAACAACAACUUUUACAACAGCAACAAACGCAACAAAAUGUUGCAGCUUUAUCCAAUUUCCAAAUCCAACACACCCUUCAGAGAUCCCCAUCUUUUUCACGCCUUAACCAACUCCAACAACAACAACAGCAGCAAAGCCAGCAGCAGCAACAACAGCAACAGUCUCAGUACGGCACCGUUUUAAGACAACAAGCAGGGUUAUAUGGGCAAAUGAAUUUUGGUGGUUCAGCUUCAAUUCAAGCUAACCAGCAACAGAACCAGCAGAUUCAACAGAUGGGCAAUCCCAAUUUAUCAAGGUCAGCUUUGAUUGGGCAAAGUGGUCAUUUGCCUAUGCUCAGUGGUGCAGCUGCAGCUGCUGCUGCUCAGUUUAGUUUGCAGCCUCAGCUUUUAGCUUCGCCGAGGCAGAAGGCUGGCUUGGUUCAAGGGUCUCAGUUUCAUCCAGGAAACCCUGCUGGGCAAUCUUUGCAAGGGAUGCAGGCAAUGGGGAUGAUGAAUUUGAGCUCACAACUGAGGCCUAAUGGAAAUCUUUAUGCUCAACAGCGGAUAAAUCAGGGACAGAUGAGGCAGCAAUUAUCGCAGCAAACUCAACUCACAUCUCCUCAGGUUCAAAGCUUACCAAGAACAUCUUCCCAGGCAUUUAUAAACCCUCAGUUAUCAGGGUUGGCUCAGAGUGGACAACCGGGUAUGAUGCAGAACCCUCUCUUGCAGCAACAGUGGUUGAAGCAAAUGCCAUCAAUAUCUGGUUCAGGCUCAUCUUCAUUCCGCCUUCAGCAGCAGUCGCAGGUCCUCUUGCCGCAGCAACUGGCUUCUUCUUCUCCGCAGUUACACCAAAAUUCUAUGGCCUUGAACUCUCAACAAUUGUCUCAGUUGGUGCAACAGCAGUCACAGAUGGGACAUUCUCAAAUGCAGCAACCACAGCAACAUCAGCAGCAGCAACAACAACAACAACAGCAACAGCAGCAGCAGCAGCUGCAGCAACAACCUCCGCAACAAUUACAACCACAACAGCCACCAUUGCAUCAGCCUCAACAGCAGCAGUCUCCAAGGAUGCCAGGACCUGCAGGCCAGAAAUCUCUCAGUUUGACAGGAUCACAGCCUGAUGCAACUGCGUCUGGUACAACCACACCUGGCGGAAGUUCGAGCCAAGGAACUGAGGCAACCAAUCAACUUCUUGGAAAGAGAAAGAUACAGGAUCUGGUUUCACAGGUUGAUUCGCAAGGCAAGCUGGAACCAGAAGUUGAAGAUCUACUUCUGGAGAUUGCUGAUGACUUCAUUGACUCUGUGACUACAUUUGCAUGCAGUUUGGCAAAGCAUCGGAAAUCAUCAACAUUAGAGUCCAAAGAUCUCUUGCUACACUUAGAGAAAAACUGGCAUUUGACUAUUCCAGGAUUUUCAAGUGAAGAGCGGAACCCAACAAGACCUUUAUCAAGUGACCUCCACAAGAAGCGUCUUGAUAUGAUACGGGCGCUGAUGGAAUCAUCACAGCCUGAAACAACUGCGAAUAAUCCUAAAGAAAUGAUACGUCAAGGGCUUGGCAACCCAGUUGGUGCAAACCAUUUAAUGAGACCUUCACCAAGUUCUGAGCAGUUGGUAUCACAAGCAGCUGGUUCACAAAUGCUGCAGCAAAUAACUCGGUAUUGAUGUGCAGAAGUUGUCAUUCAUAAAUUGGACCCAAAUUCAAUGUGUAUGGCUUUCUGGACAGUGUAGGUUAUAGUAACUGAAGCUUAAGUUGUAGUGGAUUGACAAAAGCAAAAGCUGUAAUUAUUUGGUAAGUAUCAGAGGCAUGGAUCAACUUGUGGAAAAGAUCACACCAUUUGACCUAUCUAAUUUAUCAUUUUCUAUUCAUGAUUUAUGUGGUGAGCAAGACUAUAUGGAUGGGAGCCAUGAGGAGAGUUUGUUCCCCAGUCUAAGCUUAUCUGCCUUGGGUGGCAUCAUAGAGCUUGGAUGGGUGCGCGUUGUAUUCUUCUUUAUUAUUUAUUUGAAAUAUAUAUUUUUCCUUGAUUUUACUUGUUCCCCCAUUUGUAUUCUAGAUACUAUAAACUACAAGGCUGUCUAAGCACGUUGAUUCAGUGAUUGAUUUGUUAGGUUAAAUUCUUUUCAUUGGAUGGUGCAUUCUUGCAACAUGUCUUCAUCUACGGGCGUGAAGCUCUGUUCAUUACAUCUUUAGAUGUUAUAAUGCUAGUUACUAUUACCGAA